AUCAGACAAAAUAUAAAUAAAAUAAUAAUAGGAGUUGACUUUCGAAUCAGAACCAAUGAGUUAACAGCUAUCCCCAUCUUACAUCAACUGAUCAAACCCCUGUUUCCUCUGUUUUUAUCUAAAGAUUUCACUGAAAAUCUUUACUGAAAAUUCCCAGAAAUGGAAACAGUUACAGCAAGCUCUGUCUUGCUAUCAAUAGUAUGCAUAGUAGUAGUAACAGUGUUAAUAAAGCUGGUGAAUUGGGUAUGGUUGAAGCCAAAGAAGCUGGAGAAAUUGCUUAGACAACAUGGUUUCUCAGGUACUUCUUACAAAUUCUUGUUUGGAGAUAUGAAAGAGUUCAUCUCCAUGCACGCCGAGGCGUUAAAAAACCCCAUGGAUGGCUUUUCACAUGAUUAUUUCCCGCGUGUGGAACCUCUUUGGCACCAGCUUGCCACUAAAUUUGGGGGGAAGGAUUUCUUCAUCUGGUUUGGCCCUAUGCCUAUGGUAAAAAUCUCGAAGCCAGAGACGAUUAGAGAGGCCUUGGCCAAGAUGCAGGAAUUUCAAAAGCUGAAGAUCAACCACAUUUCUGAAAAGCUUUUUCCCGGGGUUGUCAACCACGAGGGAGAGAAAUGGGCCAAACACAGGAAGCUGAUCAAUCCUGCUUUCCAUGUUGAGAAGUUAAAGCUUAUGUUACCGGCAUUUCGUGACAGUUGUGAAAAGAUAAUCAACAAAUGGGAGUUGAUAGUGGCCGAAAGGGGUUCAGGUGAGCUAGAUGUGUAUCCUGAUCUAAAGCAACUCAGUGCUGAUGUGAUAUCUAGAGCAGCAUUUGGUAGCAACUAUGAGGAGGGACAAAGGAUCUUUGAACUUCUCAAGGAGCAGACUGAUUUAGGUGUGCUUAUGCUACAAUCAGUUUAUUUACCAGGAAUGAGAUUCAUUCCAACACCCAGAAAUAGGAGAUUUAAGAAGAUACAAGAUACGAUACAUAGUUUACUGAAUGCAAUUAUUAACAAGAGGAAGGAGGAAAUUGAGGCUGGAGAAGCAGUUAAGGAUGACCUAUUGGGUAUACUCAUGGAUUCCAAUUUAAAAGAAAUCCGAAAAGCUGCUGGUAAAAAUAACAGGAAUCAGCAUACUGGGCUGAGUCUGGAAGAGGUAGUUGAUGAGUGUAAGCUAUUUUACUUGGCUGGACAGGAAACUACAUCUACACUUUUAGUUUGGACAUUGAUUUUGUUGAGCAAGCAUCAAGAUUGGCAAGAACGAGCACGAGAAGAAGUCUUACAGACAUUUGGGAACAAUGUGCCUGAAUUUGAAGGUUUAAACCAUUUGAAGACAAUGAGCAUGAUAUUGUAUGAGGUACUCAGACUCUAUCCACCAGUAAUGCAGUUGACAAGAUGGGUUCACAAGGACAAAAACCUAGGUGCAUUAUCAGUGCCUUCGGGUGCAAUAAUCACUGUCUUUGUGAGUGCUGUUCACCGAGAUAAGGAAGUUUGGGGUGAUGAUGCAGAAGAAUUUAAGCCAGACAGGUUCUCUGAAGGGAUUUCUAAGGCAACAAAAGGGAAUAACUCGUUUUUUCCCUUCGGUUGGGGACCAAGAAUAUGCAUUGGGGAAAAAUUUGCGAUUACAGAAACAAAAAUGGCAUUAUCCAUGAUUCUUCAACACUUUUCCUUGGAGCUUUCACCAUCUUAUGUUCAUGCACCCAAGAACUUAGUGUUUCUACGGCCUGAACACGGUGCUCAGAUUAUCCUAAACAAACUUUGAUCGUAUUCCAAAUGUGCAAUCAGAGUGUUAAUGUAUUGCACAUUAGCCGAAUAAAGUGCUUGAAUGUGUGUUUUCGGAAGCUUAAGUUCGUCUAUGAAAUUUGUCUGGAAUGUAAACUUCUAAGCGAUGUUUCUUAGAUUUUGAAUUUUACUCCUUACUUCAAACCACUGUACUUUGAAGUCCAAUUCUAUUUUUCGACCUUUAGGAAAUUUUUUAUUUAUUGUGUCAAAACUAUACCAGUAUAUAAUUCCUAUGAACAUGAAAUGAUGUAGAGCAUAAGAUGUUUCAUACUAGGAAUUCAAUCUGG